AUGCAACAUUUCGAGAACAGUAUUACAUUGAAGGACUUCAUUAUCAACGUAGUCGCUGAGGAAAAGAAGGAACACGAGAACGCUUUGGAUUUCAUCGCUAAGAUGAUUGGAGAAGCUGUGCGUAAGAUGCACGAGAGCAACAUAAUACAUGGCGACUUGACGACAUCUAAUAUGCUUUUAGUCGAGAAAACACCAAACGAUCCCUCCGACGACACGAGAUGGUUCAAAUACGACAAUGUUGAAUUUGCCAUGAUUGAUUUUGGCCUGUCAUACAUAGAUAACAGUGCGGAGGACAAAGGGGUCGACUUCCUAUUCUACGCAGACAUAGUCGCGGGCAGCAGC